UUCAGAAUAUUUGAUUCCAGCUACAUUGCAGUUUCCGCCGUUCUGUAGAGGCAAAAACCCCUUCUUAUUUACCUUUUACGGUGAUAACAUGGCUCAUAACUAUGUAGUGACGGCUCAUAAGCCAACGGCCGUUAAUGCUGCUGUAGUUGGUAAUUUUACAGCCCCAGAUGACCUUAAUUUGAUCAUUGCAAAAAACACUCGUCUAGAGAUCCAUGUUGUGACACCAGAAGGCCUGAGACCGCAUCUUGACAUCGGAAUAUAUGGACGAAUUUCUGUUAUGGAACUGUUCAGACCUCCGGUGAGUCCUGGAACGUCGCUGACAGUUUCCGAAACUAUGUUUGUUUGCAUGGUUGUGGCGAUUAUUUUGUAAUGGAAAGUCCCUUGCCAUGUGCAUGCGAGCUUCAUACUAUGAGUAAAAUUAUGAUAGUGAAAUUAAUUUAUGAGAUAAGCACUAAUUUUAUGAGAUCGAGCUGCCUGUUCUCUCUUUUUUUAAAUUAAGUUGUAGCCUGCAUGCCCCUACCCCCGUAAAAAUGACAGUAAAAAGAGUUUCGAUUAAAUUUAAAUAUUACCUUGUUUUGUUUGGGAUAUGUUUUUUUCUAGGAAGGCAUAUAUGAAGUAGUAGGCCAAGAAAGAGAGAGAUGCAAUUUAAAAUGCAACACAGACUUACAGUUACAUUCUACUUUAAGCUGUUUUUUUAACAAAAAUAUUCCUUUUUCUUGCUGUAAUAAUAUUUUUUUAUCUCUAGAAAUAAAACCCCAUGAAUGCAAGGAAAGAUACUUUUCUCUAUGAACCCAAUCAUCUCUGUUUGAACUUUGAGCUUUCAAAGAUCAACCCUUCACACCAAACAUCAGUAUGCAUAUUCUCCUUUCUUUUCCUCAUAUAUUUCCUAAGGUGCUGACUUGGAGAGUUUGUUUAACAAUCAAGGGCCUCUUAAGUCACUGGUUAUUUCUCGUAUUCUUAGAGCUUAAUGUGUGAUUCAGGGGUCAUAUUGUUGGGAGAAUUUAGAUGCUGGUCACUUUUUGGGGCCAAAUGCUCAACAUGUGACUUAAACAUAUUUUAAGAGUGUAACUAGCCAAUUGGCAGGUCAUUGCUUUCUCUAGACUAAUAAUGUCUUCAGUGUGAGACUGUAUUUUGUGAAACGGAACUAUUCAAGAUUUCCAUUUGGUAUAGUACAGAUUUCUUUUUUGAAAAUUACAGAUUUCUUUGUUAUAAAUUAAAGAUUUCUAUCACAAAUUACAGAUUUCUAUUUCGCAAAUUACAUAUUUCUAUUAAGCAAAUUACAGAUUUUCAUUUCUUUUCGCUUCGAUUUGUAAAUUACAAUAAGCUUUACAUUGGUCUUAUUCUUUCUUGUUUUUUAAUUUUUUUCUAGAAUGAACCUCAGGAUUUGUUAUUUAUUUUAACGGCAAGGUACAGGGUGUUCAUACUAAGUUACAAGUCAGAGUCUGGAGAUGUUGUUACCAGGGCUUGUGGGGAUGUUCAGGUAAAUAUAUCUGUACAUUGUAUCUCUGUUGAAAGACUUUGAUCAUAUUGAAUGCAGAGCUCUUAAAUCUCUUGUUUUGAAUGUGAGACUCGUGCAAAUGAAUGCAAUCUUACACCUUAUGCUGAAACUACUACUUCUUCUGCAUUUAAGUUUUCUGAUUUAAACUGUUGGUUCUGAGUUAGUAAACUGCUGCAUUAGUUUUCAGUACCUAUAGAAUGAACUCUCUUAGUUUCUAAAUACAAUGUAUUUCUUAUUCCUUUUGAACUCACUUUACACACUCUCAAGCAACCUAAAAUUAUGGUGCUGAGCCACUGUUAGGUUAUCCUGUUUGCUUACCAUAUAACAAGGACUCUCUCCACACAGUGUUUGACAGUGGUCUAAUGGUCAAUGCAUUGGACUCUGGGUCUAGAAGCCUGGGUUUGAGACCUGGCUGGGACAAUGCGUUGUGUUCUUGAGCAUUGACACUUUAUUCUCACAGUGCCUGUCUUAACCCUUCAACUCCCAGGUCAAAUUUGUAGUUCUCCUUACUGUCAACCAUACAAUUCUUAUAAUGUUAGUUCAGAAAAUUUAGGAUUGGAUCAACCAAUUAUCCCUAAAUUGAUUUUUUUCUUUAUUUUCAUCACUUACCUGGUUGAUAUUAUAACGAUAUUGUAAGGAGAAAUUCUGUCUUGGUCACUCAUGAGAGUUAAAGGGUUAAGGGCACACUUAAUUUGAAGCCUCACUCUGUUGUGUGUCCUGCACCUCCAUGGUGAAAGUGGUUUAAAAAAGAAAAAAAAAGAUGCUCCGGCUAAUUUUUCCUUUGGGCAACAAGGUUUGGUUUUUUGGUUCCCCAUGGUUUAUUUUGGUUGCUGCAUUCCCAAUUGAAAACUCAAAAGAGGCUUGUUAAAAAAAAAAGCUAAAUAAAUAAAAUGUUAAUACUACUGAUAUAACCCUUAAGACAAUCUUGUAUUAUAACAGGUAAUUUAGUGUUAAUAACUGAGUUGAAACCGUAAAUUGGCCACCGUAAAGUGUUUUAAGGCUGACAUUUCAAGUGUUAACCCUUCACAAUCACUCUGAUGAAGGGCUUAUGCUCAAAAUGUCAGCCUUUAAACUCUUUACAGUGGCCAAUUUAUGUUUUCAACUCAGUUAUUGACAUUAAAUUACCUGUUAUACUCUCCCACCAACACAACACCACAGUUUCUUUAGAAACUUACCCCCUUUAAUCUUGUAUUGUAGUUGACAUGAAGUUUUGUCCACAAAUGAUGAUAAUUAAAAACUUGUAACAAACUGUUAUAUCUGAUAAUUUGACGUUCACUUGUCACUUGAGUGGUAACUUAGUAAAUACUUAACAACCAGAUCAACCACAAUUAAGAAAAUUUCUUUAAAUGAAUUAUGUAUUCUAAUUUCAACUAAGUGAUCAUCAGGAAUCCUUUUCAGUGAAUAUGAUGAAGUGGCAAAGAGAUGUAAGGUAGUUUAAUUCUGCAUCUUGUUUACGAUCACUACAUCAUAUUACUAGUCACUCUCUUGGUUGCAAAUCAAGCCGUUCUGCAAAAUAUUAGUCCCAAAAAAAUUCUGAUUGGGCAAGUCUAAGCGUUUUUUGUUGGGUUGGUUACAGAGAUAUUUGGCUUGCCCUGGCCAAUGGAGCAAGCGUCAGAGUUGAACACUGUCCAUGAAGGCUUACAGUAGAGGGAUUAAAGUCUUAGCCAGUUAAUUUUUUCACACUCCCCUUUAGGAUUAUGCUUAAAUACCCUCCCCCCCCACACACACCACCCCAGAAUGUGAUGCCCGUGGGGUCACAAUUGAUGACUAUGCAGUCAAAAAUCUCACUCUUUGUUGGUAAAUCUACUUAAUAGCUCCAUGAAGGACUCUAGCCUAUGACUAUUUUGUUCACUGUGCAAAGGAGUAAAAGUUUUGGGGUUUGCAGAACUCCUCAAUGACUCCUGUGAAGCAAAAUUUGCUGUUUUACUUUUUGCUUCAUCAGGACAGAAUUGGCAGACCAUCCGACACUGGUUUGAUUGGUAUCAUAGACCCUGAGUCACGGAUGAUCGGUCUUCGGCUUUACGAUGGACUUUUUAAGGUGAUUCCUCUGGAACUGGAUUCAAACAAAGAACUAAAAGCAUUCAACAUCAGGUCAGGCUUGUUAAUCUUUUUUUUAGGGUGUGGGUAUAUCAAUCUUUUCUCUCUAAUGGUAUUUAACAAUAUUACGUGGAUUCCUACUUUCUUAAACAACAGAUAUUUCAGACUUCUUGGGAAUUCACACUGGUGGUGUCAAUGCACCACCAAUGAGAGAUUUUGUGUGAGAAUGUUUGUUAGCAAUUUUAUCCAGGGCCUCUUCAACUCAGGAUAUCUUGAAAAUCUUCUGAGUACAAACUAGGUUUGUAUUCCUCUAUCUGAACACCAACAACUGGAAAAAAUAUUAAAUGUUAGAGGAAUUUUUCUAUUUUUUUUUAAAGAAAUCUAGGAAUUAUUGCAAAUUAAAUGAUUUUGAUUUUCAUGGCUCUGUGAUUGGUUUAGAAAACCUGAGCCACCUGUCAACCAAUUAGAUGCAAAAUGUAACCCUUAACACCUUAAAGUCAGUACAUGCAAGUUCUCUCUGAUUUCUAUAUGUUUCAUCUGGUACCUAUGAAGAUACUUUUUUUAUUAAAAAGGAGUUUUUUGAGUUUGCAGUCACUUUGUUCAUUCUCAUGAACUUAAUGUUUGAUUCAGGGGUGAUAUUGUAGGAUGCUUAUCACUCUGUGGGGUUGAAGGGUUAAACCAAAGCAGACUUGGAUGGUAAUGAGUUUCACACUUGAGAAUGUUGCUUGUGUUGAUUUACCUAGCUUUAGUAUAGUGUUGUGAUUUCUUUGGUUUUGAUUUCACGAUACCCAGUCAAAAUGUAUUCAACCUGAUUAGCAUUACUGUAGGUGUGUAGAUUAGAGAGCCUAGUUCCUCUGUUUUGGCUUCAUUAUACUGUAUCCAUGUCAUGAUUAAUAAUAGUAACAAGACUUUGUGUCGUCCAAUUGUGUCUGUAAUCAUACAUUGAGUGAUUAACAAAAUCAGAUGACUGCAAAGCACGAGUCCGAUUUGUUAAUCAUGAUUAUGAUCACAGACAGAAUUGGACAACACAAAAUCCUGUUACCAAUUAAUCAAAGCUAUGAGAAAAAUUAAGAAAGAAACUAGACACUGGUUAUAAGUUUCCAUUAAAAAAACAACAGUGAACUCUGAAAAAUGCAAGACAACCGCGCACAUGUGAUGUGUUCUGUCCACUUACACAGGCACAACAUGUCAUCUGUCCCUUUAACUGUCCUAUUACACUGUCCAGUUACAACCAUGACACGUACACUGUCCUAUCGGUGCUCAAAUUGGGCUGGUGAUAAGUGAUCAUGUUUUAGAAUUUUGUUAUAGGUUUGAUUAAUCCUUAAACUCCCAAGAUCUGAUUGUUAAUCUUCCCUACAUUCCAUUUUGAAUUAGUCACAAGAAAUUGGUGUAAGAACAAGAUAACAACUUCUAUGUGAUGAGUCUGAGUAUUCUCAUAACCUGAUUGUGGGAUAAAAAUAGAUAUUAUUGGGAGAAGUUACGUGUUAAUCACUUCUGGAAAUUAAAGGGUCAAUGUAUCACUUUUGUAUUCUAGGCUUGAAGAGCUGCAUGUGAUUGACAUUGCAUUUCUACAUGGCUGUCAGGUUCCCACAAUUGUUUUCAUUUAUGAGGCAAGUAGCUUUCAAAAUCAAGUGUUGUUAUUGUCGACAUUUGUACAUGUAUCAUUUUCAUAAACUCUUCUUCAUCCAAAAGACAAGUUUGACUCUGAAAAUUAAAAAAUAAAAUUAUAAAAGAUAUUCUCUUAAAUGGAACACUAGGUGCCUUAGAGAUCUUGUUUUCAAAGCCUGAGACCCUGCCUUUUGCCCUGCCUCUUAAAAGCUUUUAUAAAAGGAAAGCUAUACAAUUGGCCUGAAGAGAGAGGUCAGUGGCUCUGAUGUGGUUUCUGAGCUCUGUCAGAGCUCUGCCUUAAUUGACCCACUUUUAAUUACUGAUAAUUAACUCUUGGUGUACAGAGUCAUUCAGCUGUUUGACACUUCCAAAUGAAAUGUUUGUAUUUUUUUCUAUUGUUCUCUAUUGCAGUUAUCACAUACAUGUAGAAUCAUAAGUAAUGUUAGUUUUGGCUUAACAUUUAAAAUUAUCUUAUUUGUACAUGUUUGCCUGUAUGACAGGAUCCUCAUGGACGCCAUGUAAAAACUUAUGAGAUUGUACUGCGUGAUAAAGAGUUCAGCAAGGGGCCUUGGAAGCAAGACAAUGUGGAGGUGGAGGCUUCAAGAGUUAUUGCAGGUAUUUACAGAUGUAGUGAUAGACAUUCUUUAUUAGGAGAAUCUCUGAAUGCCUCAAGGCUCCUCUCUCAGAAAUUUAGGGUAAAGCUCUGAAAAGCUUUCAUAAAAAUAUAUGAAAAUCAUAUAUGUGAACUACGGAUGAAGACAUGAAUAUGAAAGUGAUCUUCACAGUAAUGAACACUACUUGAGCAGUAGUGAAAAUAAGGCCUGAAAAAAUUCAGGCCUGUGCAGGAUUUGAACCCAUGACCUCUGUGAAUACCAGUGCAGUGCUCUACCAAGGUUAUACAAGUUGCACGAAGGCAAAAAUUUAGUCACCUGUGGCACAUACAUUGUAGGCUCCUCUAGAUUACAGCCCUGAGUGUUAUUAUAAUGAUUAACAUUACAAAUUUGUUCAGUUCCAGAACCUCUUGGAGGGGCACUUAUCAUUGGACAGGAAUCAAUAACAUACCAUAAAGGGGCCAAUUAUCAUGCAAUUGCUCCACCAGCUCUGAAGGUAUUUACUGAACAGUAAACAUAUCCACUGGUCGUUACAUACUCUAAGGGCCUGUCUACAUGGAGGUGAGGACCUAGACCUAGAUGGGAUAACCUGCCUUUCCAUAUAAUCUCUUAUUUUAUCUUGAUCAUUGUUACAUGAUAGUUGGUGUAACCUUCCUAGGUGGGUUGCCUGGUCUGCUGCAGGGUAACCCUGUCAGACCAAGUCUCAGUUUGCCACAUAAACCUCUCAAGGUGAGGUAACCCACGUAGCUUGGAUCAUGUUCAUGUUACAUUUGCAAGCACAAUCUCAAGAAAUUUCACCAUGGGAUCCCAUAGUUGUACGAUUUUAGGUAAACAUGGGCUGUUUUUUGAAUACAGGUUAGGCAUGCUACCUUGCUUACCUGGUACCCCCCACCUCCAUGUAAACAGGUUAUAAAUCAUGUCCACAGUACACAAUGAGACACACAAAUUCAUAGGUUUAAUGUCGAGAUGCAACCCUCUUAUUUUUUUUCAGCAAAGCACCAUAACAUGCUAUGGGAAGAUUGAUGCUAAUGGUUCAAGGUAUCUCUUGGGUGACAUGAAUGGUCGACUUUUUAUGUUACUGCUGGAGAGGCAGGAACUGAUGGAUGGUAACAUUGAAGUGAAGGAUCUGAAACUGGAGCUUCUUGGAGAGGUACCACUCAGGGAAUUCUGUUUUGUUACUCUGCUUGAAAUAAAUGUUGGCUUACUAAUAAUUUCUUUGUAGUACAUGUUUAUACUUCCAAAUAUUUUGUAAGAGGACUCACAAAUACUUAAGUGAAUCCUGUGCUGGAAAAAGGGACUUCAUACUGUAAGGCUUCCCUUCUUGCCUAUUCAGGUGGAAACCCUCAGCUUGUCAUAGUAAGAGACCUCCUAUGCAGGAAUACUGUAAAAACCUGCAUAAAAGAACCUAGUUUUUUUCAAGUUAGCCUCUACAGGUUCUUAAUAUAUAAAUGUGAUAAUGCGAUUUGCAGCGGAAUUAGGCUACCAAGGUUCUUAAUCACCUUCUUAAUUUUUUUUUAAAAUGGAACAACUUGUUUUUGUGGGUUUGGGUGUGACACUGCACUGUACGCUAGCCUCAUAGUGCCCUGAUUUAUAUGGUUAACUUGUACACACAGUUGGAUAUGUUUCACAACUAUAGAUAUAUUUACAGUACAGUACUGUGGUCUUAUAACACUAGGCAUUCUAAAAAUAAGAACCUGUAUUGAGAUUUUAGGCUUGAAUUGUUCAUAUAAGAGGGGUGCUUAACUGGGAAACUUUAGCCCAACAGGUUCUUAAAUUUUAGGUUCUUACAUGGGAGUUUUUACUGUUCUCUUUGGGUUAUAUUCCUCCUCCCUCUUCCCUCUCUGCCCCACCCUUUCCCCAAUAGAAUGCUUCUAAGAUUUGUUACUGACACAGUUUUUGUUUUAUUUAGACUACUAUUGCACUCUGUCUCACAUACUUGGACAAUGGUGUGGUAUUUAUUGGUUCAGCAAUGGGAGACUCACAACUUGUUAAGGUACAUAUACAUGUGUAAUGCAAUUGUUGCAAUGAUAUCAGCUAGUAUGCCAUUCAAAAAAGUGAUCUAAGCAUCAGUCGGUUGGUUGGUCAGUCAGCUAGUCAAUUAGCCAGCCAGCCAGCCAGCCAGCCAGCCAGUCAGUCAGUCAUCCAGUGAGUGAGUGAGUGAGUAAGUCAGUCAGUCAGUGAGUUAGUCAGAGCAUUAAUAAGGUUGCUAUACAAGUGUGACAGAUAGGAAGAAAAACCCUCUGAUGAGUGCUCAGACCUCAGAUUCACAGAUUUUUGUACCAUAGAUACCUGUAGUGGUCAUGUAGGGUGCUCGAACAUGAAACUGCUGAGAUCUGGAUAUGGUGAAUUCAAAUAUUUUCCUGAUUGUACCUUUUAUUCCUUUUUAUUAGCUCAACACAGAAACAAAUGAGAAUGGCUCACAUGUUCAUGUGAUGGAGACAUUCACCAACCUUGGUCCUAUUGUAGACAUGGUGGUAGUUGACUUGGAAAGACAAGGACAGGGACAGGUAGAUUCUAUCAAGUAUAAAUUUUUACCUUCUUUGUGAAUAUCAACCUCAGCCUGACAGACAAGAAGCAUGCUUUAACACAAUUUACUUUUCAAAGACAUGCAAACUCAAGGUUGAUGGGCCAAUCUCGUUUUUAAUUUUCAUUUCAAGCUGCUGUCCUUCAUCAUUGUAACAGCCAUUCACAUCAGAAACAAACAUGAUAGAUUGAAAUGUGCCUUCCAUAAGUCAGUAACAGGACAUUUUGAUACCUCCUAGAACAGUGAACUUUUGCCCUGAAAGAUCUAGGACAUGAUUACAAAGACCUAAAAACCAUAAUUUAUUUUAACGAUUUUGUAAAAAAUUGAAGUGGUUUGAAAUUUUGUUAAAAAGAAAGGUUUGAACCUUGAGAGACAGUAUACACAAUUUCAAUGUUCUAAAUAAAUGUAAAACUUGUUCCAGUGGUGAAUUUUUCCUUUUCCUAUCAUUCCUUUUAAUUUCACACAGCUGGUGACAUGUUCUGGUGCACUGAAGGAAGGCUCAUUAAGAAUAAUAAGGAAUGGGAUUGGUAUUCAUGAGCAUGCCACCAUAUCAGACCUUGUUGGCAUUAUGGGUUAGUGAUUCAUUUUUAUUCAGGAAAAUUAAUAAUGAGGUGUAAAGAGGGUACAUUUGUGUAGGUAAUAACAUGAUUUUGAGCGUAAUUUGGUGUUGAUAAGCACAAGUGAAUUAUUCAAAGACAACAAAAUUACAGGUGAGUGCAAUGUGUAGUCUUUGAAAAUACAUGUUAUUACACCAAAUUGCAAGGGAAAUACAAUUUUUUCUUACCUAUAAUGUAAAUGAAAAAAAUCACAAAAAGUCAGGGCAGACAAAUUUUGACAGCGUGCAUUCAAGCUAUUUGUACUUUGCAUUUGUGUUACAACUUUGCACUCAUGUUACAACUUUGCAUUCAUGUUACAUGAAAAUGCACUCCUUUUCAGUCCAUCAGAAAUGCAUUAUUAGCUAAGAAACUGCAGUACUGUGUUGGUGGGGUAUUUUUCCAAAGACACUGUGAUGCUGUGUCAGUAGCAGGUAUAGCAAGACUACUAGGUUUUAUCAACUGACUUGAUAAUCUAAAUUGGCCACCGUAAAGAGUUUUCACAUUUUGAUCAUAAGCCCUUCAUCAGAGCAAAGGCACAAGUACAAAUUGAAUUGAUUAUUCUGCAAAUUCCCUAUUUCCAACAUGCAUUUAACAAGUCAUCUCACACAGGCUACCCUACUGCUUCUAUUGCUUAAUAUGUGUCUUUUAUACAUACAUGUACUUUGUUCUUUCGAUACUUUAGGUAUCUGGCCCCUAAGAUUACAAAAGACAGCCAAAAACUUUGAUGAUGCACUGCUCCUAUCUUUUGUUGGCCAGAGCAGGUAAAGUAAUUGAUUAUUCAUGCUCUGGUUUGAUAGCAAAAAAAAAAUUUUACUAGUGGUAUAAAUGCCCUCCAUACAUGUACAUGUUUGUGUGUUGUGCAGUUUUCAUCAGGAUGUCAGGGUAAACAUACUAGCAGGCGAAGAGGCAACAAUGAGGGCCCAACUUACUGCAGGCUACAAUGAUGCUGACUACACUAUUGUUGUUCCCAUUUUUAUGUCAGUUCAUUUUUUUCAUUAUUUUUAUUAAUUUUAUUCAAUUGAAUUUUUCACAGAAUUUUAGCCCUUGCUGGUGAAGAAGUUGAAGAGACAGAGAUUCCAGGUUUUGAUGAUGAUCAACAGACAUACUUUUGUGGAAAUGUUUCAGGAGAUCAAAUCAUCCAGGUGUGUCUUCAACUUGAAACCUUCUUUGCUAGGAAUGACCAAAGAGGGAUUUUUCCUCGCAAUACCUCUACAUUUUUAUGUAGAAAUGUGCUGGGAAGAGAGAUAAUAUUAAUCAGAGGAUAUUGCAUGAUUUAACAUCAAAUUCUGGGGGCUCAAAUAAAAAGAAAUGUAUUACAGACACUGUAGAUAGUUGAUCUUUAGUUCAUGGAAUGAAGAGGUCAAUAUUGGCACACAUGCUUGACAAGAGCAUAAUUUAUCAGGGGUUUUCUAAUAGAAGUAUAAUGUAUAGAUGGCAUGAUCUGUACAACUGCAAGAUACUGUGUGCAGCUUUUUCAAGAAAGGUUGUUGAAAAAUAAAAAAAUGGAGGGUUAAAUUACAUGUGACAACCCCAAAAGGUACUGAGGGUAGUUUUUGGGUCACAGUUCAAAGACCUCUAGAUUCUAUAGAAAUCUGUGAAAACGUUGCCAUAGGAACGAGGCAUUGCAGGUUUGAUAAAUUUCUUGAUUUAUUUGACUUAUUGAAAUGCAUUGAUUACUGGAUGCCCAGAUUUACUUUCGAGAUUUUGGUAUGCACUGAAUAUGUACCUUUUUUUGACAACCUAUCUUGAAACAGCUGCAUACUGCAAGCAUUAAUUGCCAUGCAGCUGAUGACUUAUUUCUGCUUUGCGUCUGAUUUUCUCUUAAAAAGUAUUAUAAUUAAGUUUUCAAGUGCUGGGAUUCAAAAUAGGAACCUCUGCAGAUUCUAGAGUUUUAUCAUAUUGACGUGUCUAUUAUUCCUUGCAGGUUACAACAUUGUCAGUGCGUCUUGUGAAUUGUGAGACCAGGGAACUUGUUUGGUACGCAGCAAUAGCAAGGAGUAGUUGAAAUCCAUUCUUAAUACAAAAAUAAUUAUAAUAAUAAUUUACUUAACACACAGUGUCGAAUAGUAAAACCAUACAAAGAGUAUAUCACGUUGAACAGAACUGUGCACAUUGAACAGUAUUCUUGUUCCCAAUAUCAAUGGCUGUUUGAGUUUGACAGAAGCUAUGAUGCCAUAACUUCUGUACUUCUACGCAUACCACUUCCUAACUGAAUUCAAGGUCCGUAGUUAAUGUAACCGAUCAAGAUUAUUUUUCUGCUUGGUUUUUUGGCCCAAGCAUGAAAGCGCGCGAGCCAUAGAGAGGCAAGAUUUCAAUUCAAACAAACUUUCGAAUCUAGCGGGCCGUACAGUGAAAUAUGGCCUGCUUAAUUGACCAAUAAUUGCGCAGGUACCAACUGAGAGAUGUAUUUAGUACACGUAUCCAUCAUUCCUUGGUAAUUGAACUGACUUUUCCUCCUGUCUAUUACUCAACACGAUUAUUUCUCAGCGGUUUCUGCUCCAAUUUGCUUUGUUAAUAGAAAUAUCCUAACUCAUGGGGCUCUCAUAAGUUGGUAAUCUUAAUUUUGGUGAUUUGUAUUCCAUUCCUUUGUUUAUUUAUUUAUCGAAUUUAUGAUGUCCUCAGUUAGCGCAAAGGAGACAAAUACGUCAAGAAGUAAAGAUUAUUUGAUGACUAAUGGCUCACUAAAUUUUAUUAUUCAGUGAAUGGCGACAUCCUGGUGGCAAGAACAUCAGUGUCUGUGCGUGCAACUCUGGACAGCUUGUGCUGGCCGUGGGUUGUGAAUUGUAUUAUCUGGAGAUCAUUGCAGGAAACCUUAAUCUGAUCAGGUGAUUCAUACAUGUACAGUCCUCAUCUAUUUUCUGUUAGUACUUCUUCUUUCACGGUAAUUGAAAAGAACAACUCCUAGAAAUCGGUCAACUGACGGCCGACUGUCGGCCAAUAGUAUUAAGUACACCUGUCGGCCAACAUGUGGUCGGCAGUCGGUCAGUUGUCAGUGGACUGACGGUUGACUGUCGGCCAACAGUCUUAAGCACUCCUGUUGGCCUACAAGCAGCCGACAGACAGCCGACGGUCCGUCAUCUGCAUACCUAAAGAGGUUUGCAAAGCAUUGUAUGGCGAUUCGAAACCCUUCGUCGAUCGAGAGAAGGUAGCAGAAAUUUGGUGGCUAAAUGUAAUGGUGGACUAGCUGACUGCAAUCCAGUCAUAGCUCCUCUUUCUUAGUUGAUGCAGGAAUCCCAGGAGACUUUCAGAGCUAUAUGUACAUGUAUGUUGGUAACCACAGGGCCAUUGUGAUGAAAGGGUUUCCCUGCAUAUCAGCUGGUUCCGCUGAUCUUUUUUUUCUUUCUUUCUUUCUUUCAGCCACACAACACUUGAACACGAAGUUGCUUGUCUGGAUAUCACACCAACUUGUAAGGAUUUUUUUAAAGUAUAUGUUGAUAGUUUGAAUUUAUUGGUUUAUGGUUUUUUGACCAGAGCCACUGGCUUUUGGAAAUUGAAUUAUCAACAUUAAAAAUCGUCUUCAAUGGACCUCUCUCAUGAAUACCAGGCUUAAUCAUUAGUCUUAAGUGUGCAUUUAAAUUGACCUAUUUAGCCUCGUCAUGAUGUGUAGAAUCAAUCAAAAGAAUUUUAAAACUCUUAAGAGCGAGAUUAGGAAGGGUCUUUUUUGCAUGCUUAUAAUAGAAUACUUAUCAUGUCCACUAUUUUGAAAGAGGUUUAUAUCCAAAAAAACAAACAAACAAAGUCAAAGAAAAGAACUGUGAUGCAGAGAUGCAUCAAAUUUCUCCCCACAAUAUCAUCCCUGAAUCACACGUUCAAGUCAUGAGAAUAAAGGAAAUGAUCACCAACUGAAGAAGCUUUUGAUAAGUAAACAAAUUCUCCUUGUCAGCACCUUAGGAAAUGUAUAAAGAACAGUGUGGAGAAUAUGCAUACUGAUGUUAGGGUGUAAAGGGUUAAGUUCAUCUUAAGGUCUCUCCUUAGAACUGCACUACUGUGACAUUUUUAUUGCACGUAAUUUGAUAAAUGAAACCAGCAUUACUUAUUUCAUGUUUAACAACCAUACACAAAGUUUUAAGUUCCCAUAAACGAUAGAGACAACCAUUUUAUCGGGUGUGACAUAGAUUCUAAUGAAGUAGCGGAUCAAUGUCUGUAUCUUAGCAACUGCUCACCUACCCCUCCCUUAACCCAACAGCAGUCAAUUGAUAACAAGUCAGGGUUGAUGUUGGGUUAGGGGAGGGUGGUAGGUGCGCAGUUGCUCGAGAUUGGUAUUGAUCCAAAGUUUCUUUCUCAGAGAGAGGACCCAGUAAAAAAUUUUCUCCAUGUUACUGGCGUCUCUAGCAUUGUUUUCUUGUUAUUGUUUUCACAGAUGAUUCUGACACCAGGGCUCAGUUAGUAGCAGUAGGACUGUGGACGGACAUUUCAGUGAGAGUGCUAAAACUGCCAGGCUGUGAACAACUGUUUGUUGAAAUGCUGGGAGGAGGUGAGAAUUGGAUUUUAAAUAGGUCAUUUUUAAAAACCGUUCGUCAUUCUGUGUUACGUGAAAUGCCUGUGAUAGACUACGUUAAAAUUCACUUGAGUGUCGUCCAAGUCAGAUAUGGAAACUAGCCACGUGCUUGUGUUUCUCGUGCCCUGUUGGCUGGGGUUACUGCUGGGAUGGGUGACUACACAUGAUAUCCUGUGUUCUUUUCUUUGUUGUUGUUGUCUUUAUUUUUAGUUUUCAUUCCUGUACUUCAAAGAGUUAGGCAUGAAUUUAUUAUUUUACACGUAAAAUCAGAGUGGCCGUAGAUAACGACCAACACAUUCCACGUCAACGCUUCCAGGGGUCUUGUUAAUUAACAGUUCACACUGAUUAAUUUUAAAUGAUUUAUCUUUCAGAAAUAAUUCCUCGCUCCAUACUCAAGACAUCUUUUGAGGGUAUUCAUUACCUUCUCUGUGCUUUGGGAGAUGGAACCUUGUUUUACUUCACCAUGGAUCCAAACACUGGUAUUUAUGGAAUCAUCUUCAUUUUUUCAGUGAUAUAAAUGUCUUUUGUACAUAAUCCAUUCGUACUUAAUACACACUGUUGAAGGUGUUUGGUCUUAACUGAGGUUUAUGGGCACCCAACUAGUUUGACUCUUCGGUUAUUUUGGGUACCCAGGUCAUAACAUUUAUUUACUCUUUAGUUUUUCAUGCGCCGUUUGUGUUGUUAUGUAUUCGUAAGUGGCAGUACAGAUAAAUAUUGCAGAUUUUGAGUUUUUUGUUCCUGUAUCCAGGAUAUCGUUUCUUCGUAUGAGGGUACACACCUUUACAAAUGAUGGAUGCUUGUCUUACCUUAAGGGAUUUACAUUUCUGUAGUGGUUUCGAAGCGUGCGCUCGAUCCUAAAAUUGUCGCUGCUAUUGUUGAGGUAGUUGGUUAUCAGAGUCGUGGAGGUUAUCGAUCUGAAAAAUGACAUUAACUUCGAAAAAUUCUUGUCUACCAGCACUAUUAUUGCCAGUGCCAGUUAAUUUGUUUUUGGAUUUUUUGUUUUUUUUUUGUUUUUCUCAAACAGUUAUUUACCCAAAGGGUUGGACGUGACUUUCGGCCACGUCCAGAAAAAGAGACUUUGGGCUCUUUUGGGGCAGGAGUACCACUAUCAUUUAAUGAAUGAGUUUCCUCCUGGGAAUUCUUUUUUUUUCCUAAUUCAGACACAUACAUGUAAAGCGUUUUACACACGCAAUGUUUAUUUAGUUAUUUGGCUUUUGUAGGAUCUUUGUCUGAGAGGAAGAAAGUAACCCUCGGCACACAGCCUACAAUGCUUAGAACAUUCAAGUCACUGUCCACAACAAAUGUGUUCGCCUGCUCUGAUCGGCCCACAGUAAUCUAUUCCAGUAAUCACAAACUUGUGUUCUCCAACGUUAAUCUAAAGGUUUGUGUAUGGUCUGCUUAUUACACUGCGAUACAUGUGCUAUAAACAGGAACCUUCAGAGUUCUACGCAUUGUGGAUCCUAUGUCCUAGGGUAAAAUCAAACGAUCGCAGCGAAAGAGUUAAUUACUCGCGUAUCAUGAGGGUUGGCAAAGAAUCUGAAGCUGACAACGUGCUGAAAUCUCCGAAAUGAAAUAUGUGUUGUAUGUAACAAAAGUGUUUUUGCACGUCAAUCUCAGAAUGAGAUUUUUUACUUAAAGCUUGACCAUGCAUGAAAGUUUCUUUACAAAAUAUGGUUAGACUCAGAACUAUUAUUCCUUCUUUUGCUGUUUUAAUGCUGAUCUCAUAUUCCGCCAUCAGGAGGUGAAUUAUAUGUGUCCACUGAACUCCGAGGGAUUCCCAGACAGGUAUAGAUUCUCGUCUAGAUUUACAUUGGUUCAAUUGACAACUGUUAUAGUGGAUUUCCGCGCAGCAUAAGCUCUUUAAAGUUUCCGUUUCAGGAGAGAUCCAUCUUCCCGUUCCCAUUUCCCGUUCCUGGGUUUUUUGGAAGCUGGACUGAGUUUUUAAAAAAUCGCUUUUGAAAUCGGCCUUCAUAAUAAAAAUGCCCUUUUUUUUCGUCAUUUUCAAAGGUUUUUGAAUAGUCCUUAUACUUUCCUAAACUUCCUCUUGAUAAGCUUUCAUUAAAGAUAAACUCUUCCUCUUAAAAAACACGUCCUUGGGUUUCUCACUUAUUUCUUCUGACAAUCAAGAAAGCGAGUUUCAUCAACAGUGCUGCGCUCGUUCUCUCUUAUUCUGGGCUUUCAAGGUGCGAUCGCAUUCAAAUUUCCCGCUUCAGUGCUUAUGAAGAAUUAAUGAUGUCCAGGCAUUCUGCACGCUGCUUCCCUUAAAAGUUUUUCUUCAUUUGAACUGCAUUGAGGAGUGUCGGAUAUAAGAGAGGUCCCCUGAGGGAUGCCUGGCCUCCCUGCACUCCCCCUCCCCCUCCCCCCUCUUUAAUGAUGCUCUGUGGUUUGUAAUAAAUUGUUAUGUUUUAAUGGGAUAUUUCGAUGCAGAAAUUUUGAGAGUUCUUUCCUCUGCUUCAUAGUCUUGCUGUGGCUAGCGAAGGAGCGUUAACCAUAGGAACAAUUGAUGAAAUCCAAAAACUUCACAUUCGGACUGUUCCAUUGGGAGAAACACCCAGGUAUAGUACAGCGAGCUUAAACCUUCAACUUUUAAGAUGUGAUUGACAAUUUUCCCCCCCUAGCUGCUAAACAUUCUCAUGUAAAUGAGUUACAAGAAUUUGGUGUUAGAUCAAGAUAACAACUCCUUCCUGAUAUGUUUGAAUGUUCUCAUUACCUGUUUGCUGGAUGAUGUAUGGAUAUUAUAGGGAGAAGUUACAUGUUAAUCACUGCUGGGAGUUAAGGGUUACAGCGUAUGUGCUGUCAAAAUGUAGCGAGGAAUUCCUAAAGGUGGUCACACAAUAAUCCUCUUUUGUGGAAGAAGCAUCUUGUGAAAAAAUGGCUGCAGAUCAUGAAAGGAAAAGACGAACGCUACUCUGACCCUCGUGGCUGUUAGAGGGUGAACCUUACCUUUCCUGUACAUUAAAUUAAAUCGGUAUACCUGGCUUGUAAUCCAGCUUGUAUCAAUGUUCUGUCGUUUGUGCGUAUUUCGAUAAUAGUGGUUUGAUCUGAACCCUUUACGCUCAAACAUCAAUAUACACAUUCUUCAUACUGUUCUCUAUGCAUUUCCCAAGGUGCCGAUUUACGGAAAUCAAACGUGGCUCGGAAACUAACUAGGUUCUCUAAUAUGCAAGCUUGUUUAUCGUAUCCCUGGGGGGUACCAUCCAUCACGUACUGCUUGUGUUUUCUUCAGGCGUAUUGCUUACCAAGAGUCCACACAAACAUUUGGUGUAAUCUCAAUGCGAGUAGAGGUCCUGGAUCCGGCGUCAAAUACAACUCGACCCCUCCACCCCAGCGCGAGCACUAUGGCUCAGAACAUAACGACCAGUGUGUCAGCAGGCAUGCCGGGCACUUCCGCCGGAAGUUCAGCCGGUGGUAGGGGUGUGGCAGACGGCAUAACAUUUGGUGACGAGGUGGAGAGAAGCAGUUUGUUGAUCAUUGACCAACACACAUUUGAAGGUAAUGACUUCUUCAGGAAACACUUAGGGACAGAAUUAUUUUUCCAUUAAGGGCUGUUCGAAUAUUUAUCUGAAUAAUUUUCUAUAUUCUUUUAUUUUCUGUUUUUGUACUUCGUUGAUAGAUUUUUUCUCAUUUGGUUUGCUCUUUGGUUUUGGCGUUCUCUGUGUAUGAAUAUUAUUCCAUGAGCAACUUUGUUUUUAUUAUUUCUCGUGUUGCACGGUUUUGAAGAUUCUUCACUCCCUCUAAGAGUACGUGUUUCGACCCUUGAUGCCGCCAGUAUGACCAAAAAGCGGUUAUUGGGAGUUUUAAAACCUAUUUUCUUCCUAAAUCAAUUCAAAAGCACUUAAGGUAUAAAUGGGGGUGAAUCACCAACGUUUUCCUUCAGGGAGAAACUUCGCGACAAUUUUCACAUAUUAAAGUUUAUCUUUGUUCUCCUCUCAUCAGUGACUCAUGCUCAUGAUCUUCAAGAUCAUGAGUGUGCUACAAGCCUGAUCUCUUGCACGCUAUCUGGUGACCCCAACAGCUCCUACUCGAGUGGAACGUCCAAUACGUAUUACUGCGUUGGCACUGCGUAUGUCUUCCCCGAGGAAGCUGAGCCAAAGACGGGACGUUUGAUUUUAUUUCAGCUCUUGGAAGGUGAUGAUGGUUUUCGAAAGUCAAUUAGCCAGUUGGUCUGUCAGUCUUUGUUUGUUUUUUUUGUUUUUUUUUUGAUUGAAAGGCAGUUUCAAAGUACUUUUAAGAACACCAUCAAAGCCUUCGAUAAUCUGAAUGAUUUUUUUUGUUUUUGUUUUCAAGGUAAACUUGUCCAAGUCGCUGAUAAAGAAGUCAAAGGUGCCGUGUACUCACUGGUGGAAUUUAACGGAAAAGUCUUGGCCGGCAUUAACAGCACGGUUAGCUGACGAGAACUCAUGUAUCAAAACAAACGUUUUCUCUUUCUCGUUCCCAUACGCACUCCCUCCCCCUUCCUCCAUAACCCUCCCCUCCCUUUCCUCCUCUCUCCCUCCCCCCCUUCCUUCCUCCAUUCUCCCUUUUCCUCCCCCCGUCCCUCCUUUUCUUCUCAUUAAGGAGUGCAUUCGGAAUCAAAAAUUGACACCAAGUAAUGAAGUUAUGUGAACUACAGCCUGGUUUAAGUAUAGUUACUUGAGAUGAGACUGUGGAUGUCCUUUAGGUGCGCAGCCAGUGAUUUUACUCGUUUCAACAGGUCAGUAUAUACGAGUGGACGGCUGACAAAGAAUUACGUGUGGAAUGCAGCUUUUUGAACAACAUCUUGGCUUUGUAUCUCAAGUCUAAAGGGGAUUUUAUUUUGGUAAGUUGGUAAAGCAGCAUUUUAGGUGUUACUGUACUUAUAGCAGUAAUAAGGGUUUUAAUCACCCUGCAGAACAUGAAACAAACUCCGUUUCAAAGAAAAUCCCAAUUAAAAUUUUGACUAGUUCACUAAAGAUUAACUGUAAAUUGUCUUCGUUCCUUUCGUUGUUCUAGUUUCAAAGUAUUUUCUUUUUUUUUUUCAGGUGGGUGACUUAAUGAGAUCCAUGACACUGUUAACUUACAAAGCAAUGGAGGGAAGUCUAGAAGAGGUGACUGAUAACAUCAACGUGCUUUAGAUUAUCAAAGGAAUAGCGUUCGUAUUAUGAUAAUUACAUUUUUUCGGUAAGAGUUCGUGUAAUAAGAACCUAUUUCAUUCAUUUAGUGCUUUGCUUCCUGAAACUAUACAUAUGUAACAUGUUUUCUUGUGUCACGCACUGGUUGAACAAUUUUUAGGUAAGCGUUGAAAUCAAUUCUAGAUUGCAUUGAUUUCUUACUGCGAUCUGUGAUUGGUCUAGGAGACCCGCGUCACCCCUUCAACCAAUCAGAUGCAGAACAAAAUUUAAUUGAGAGUUGCUGGCUACCGUUAUCUUGUGCUUGACCAGGCAGCUAAAUUUACCUCUUUCUUUUUACGUCUUGUGUGAUUAUGACAAUUAAUAGCCCAUUUCCGAAUUACCUUUGGUCCUUUUUUUUUCAAAGCGAGUCCUGUUGCUCCUCCUGUCUCAUGAUUGUAAGUUUUCAUUCACGUACAAAUUAAACUAAUUUUCAUACAAAUUGGUGAACACUAGACCUCGUUAUCGAGAAGUUGGCCAAAGGUAAGUCGGAAUUGGCAUAUUGAGAUGCAUUCAGACCAAAGCUUAUUUUUAUUUAUGAUAGAACACGUUUUGCGUCCAUAAGAGCUCGUCGAUGUCGUUCGUGUAAAAGCUUACUUCACGAGUCUCGUUUUUUCGUGAUCAGAUUGCGCAUGACUAUAGUCCAAACUGGAUGACAGCAGUAGAGAUCCUAGACGAUGAUACGUUCCUUGGGGCUGAAAACUCUUUUAACCUGUUCACCUGCCAAAAGGACAGCGGCUCCGCAGCUGAUGAUGACAGAUCGUAUCUUCAGGAGGCUGGGCAGUUUCAUCUUGGCGAGUUUGUUAACGUCUUUAGACACGGUGCGUUUACACUUAUCCUGGUAGGGACUAAAGAGACAAAGUGGCUGGCCCUUUUUGCACACCGCUUUUGGUCACAAAAAAUUGAAAAAAUUAUUUUAACGUACUGACAAAAUUUGUUUCAUUCACCCUCACAAAGGUUCUCUUGUCAUGGAACAUCCUGGUGAAGCGUCGACCCCUUUCCAAGGCUGCGUCCUUUUUGGAACCGUCAAUGGAACAAUUGGUGAGAAUUUGUUUUCUUGACCGUUCCUUUUCCAGCGUAGCCCUCUCAUUUCCAGAGUUGAUUAACCUGGAACUUCUCCAAACAUUACUAAGGCACUAUUCUGCAAAAUAGUGAUGAGUAUAGACAAUGAAUCAGCUUGAGGGUGCUUUUGAUAUGAUACCAAAGUCUCAUUUUUAAGUUAAGGAAAUUUUUUAGCAGCCAGGAGAUACAAUUGCAGUUCAGAUCCUGUCAGUUAAAGAAUUUUAAACCAGGUUCAGAUUUGCGAUUUUCACUUAAGAUUUGAGGAGGUUGUACCGGUGUCGUACGUUACGGUUAAAAACGGGCGCUUGAACGAUUACUAUUUCACAGGCUUCCUUUAUAUCUUUUACGAGGAGUUUGCACGAAUUGAAAUAAAUUUUCUCCCCCUUAUCUGGGUCGAAGCCUAAGGAAGUGUCGAGAUAUUUGAGUUUGACUCAGACCUGGGACCUCGUAAAUAUCCCAGCGUCCUUUUCAGGCUUCAUCCAUCGCAAUGUCAGAGGGCGAUGUUCUCUUUACCAUUCUAAUCAUUUGAUAUGUCUGUGAUGUAAACACACAGGAAUCGUCGCUCAAUUACCUCAGGAACUGAGUGCUUUUUUGACGCAAGUCCAAGGGAAACUCAGCAAAGUUAUCAAGAGCGUCGGAAAGAUUGACCACAGCUUAUAUCCUUUACACCUGUUUCCGAUGCUUGAUACCCAGAAAUAACUUCUAACCAGAACAUGGCCGUAAGGAUACAGCUGAAAAACAUCGACGCAUGUCAGGAAUUACGCGGACUCACGCUGCAAAUUAUAGCAAUAUCAGACUAAGAUGGCGGAAUUUUGAAUCAUUGCUGAAGGGAGCUGGUUUUCUACCUAAGUUAAGACGCAAGCAGAGAGGUUAUGCUAACUUUUUUAUGUAGGUUGGGCAAGAAUGACGUCGAUAUGCAAGCUGGGUGGUUCUUAGUGGAAGUCUGUUUAAGUUUGUAUAGAGCGGUUUCAGUGGAUGAAGGAUAUGAAGGCAUUCAACAUUUUUAAAAUCACCACCAAAUUAAUUGAUACAUACAGUUGCUAUGUCGUAUGAAGGCGUAUUUCUGACAUGCGCAGACGUUACUCAGUUCUGUCGAUUAUGAGCAAGUGUUAGAGAAACCUGCUGGGUUUAACAUGUUAAGGACGUGCAUUCCCUGAUUUUAAGGGAGCAGCAGCACUCUCAGUUUCUCCAAGUUAAGCUGCAGUUGUGUAGUCACCCAGCUCUUGUGGGAGCGUUUGCAUCAUUGUUGAGUAUUAUAUCUACAUAUUCAAUAAGAAUUAAAUAUGAUUUUAUCAGUGUUGGUGUUCAAAAAAAAGAAAAAAUUAAGGAUAGGCAUUGCUUCCUUUACUACUUCUUACCUGGCGCUGUUUUUCCAACGAACGGAGAGUUGAGCCUGCCACCGGGUUUGUGGACGGAGAUUUAAUCGAAAGUUUCCUAGACCUACCGCGGUCCAGUAUGGAGGAGGUAGCCUCGGGACUACAAGUAAGUUUUGUCAGGCAUUGCUGGGUGCUGCUGAUAUUUUUACAUACGUUUUGCCUACACCGAAAAAAAUUUCUUUGUAAGAGUUUUAAGCACAGAAAGAAUAUGUGCGACUAAUGAAAUUUUAAGGCUGUAAGUGGAAGUGUGUCUUCUAAGUGUUAGAAUAUAAUUGGGAGGGAACAAUUUUAACCGACUAUCGGGCCCCCCCCCCCCCUCUGCCCUUGACAUGCGAUGGAUUAGCUUCCCUUUGGGGGGGGGGUUAGAAAUAUGGUACCCCUCUUCACGACAUCACCAUCAUAGACGAACUGAAUAGAACGACCUAACUUUACCGACGGAUCGAAACUGACCAAUCACGACCGACUUACGCCCCUCGAGUCUUACAGCCCAUUACAUCAUGGCUAACUGACCAAUCAGUUUACAACGAAGCUGACUUUCGACUGACAACAACUAUUGACUCGACGGUGAUGAUGACUUCCGCUCAGGUUGUCGAAACGUCUGUCACUACUACCGACAACAGUCCUUCUCAGGACUACACUUACCUGGUCAAUCAGAGCACACUAUCACACAGUACUCCUAAAGAAACUGGUAUAUGGACUACCUGGCAUUUGUUAAAAUUUUACCUUAGCCUUCUACAGGAGAGAAACGUCUUGUGCAUAUUGGUUCAAUUUCUCCUUGUCAACAGAUUGAUGAUGGUAGUGGUAUGAAGAAAGAGUGUACUGUGGAAGAUCUCGUGAAAGUUGUUGAAGAACUUACAAGGAUCCAUUAGAAGGUAUAUGGCAAGGGUCUACCCUGGAAACCAUUGUAUAUAUACUUCUUUAUUUUGCCACGCGAUGGUUGAUGUCAGCGUUUCCAGCCAGCAACCAAGGGAAACGGGGUGUAAGAUCAUUGUAAGACUUGUAAGGGAUUGUUGUACUCUUUUAAGGAUCCAAAAACAAAGAAUGUGAUAUUGGCAGAAACUCAGUUUGAUUAUUACUACUUAUGCUGCAAGCAGGUGGAGGUCUUUUUAGUUCUGUUCGAACUCCCGAUCUUUUGGUGUCCACCAUUAUGGUUUGAAGCCCAUAACACUCCUUAAUGAGCCCGCGAUUUUGGCUGGAUACGUUGCGAAGCGACAUAGCGUCGCUAUGGUUACCUUGUUGUAAUCACUUUAAGCUCGGAGCUAUUCCAGUAUCGAGUGAAGAAAAACGAAACGUUUUUUCUUUCCUUUUAAGUGGUUACAAAAAAAAAUGUGUAAUGUAUAUAAAUUUGGCCGUCUAAUAAACUUUGUUAAUGUGAGUACAGUAGUUAAAAAGUUUUAUUUCGAGUGCUGCAGUAAGUCAUAUCGUAGUAUACAUAACAUUCCUUCAGUUAAGACUCAAAAGAGUAACAGUUACAAAAUUAUAGUAAGUACUUUGGGUGUAAAAAAGUAAGAUUAAUUUAAACACGGCUGUAAACUUGAAAUCGGACUAACCUUGUGUGUGGAAUUUUAAAGGACUUAGGGAGCUUUAUACAGAAAAUUAGAGCUCUGAAUUUCGUUUAUGGAAGUGUUUGGCCUUAAUAGAGCUUCUUGACGGUUUAAAAAAAAUCGUGUUCUGAACGAUAAAACUAUCACCCUGCCUGAUAACAAAAUGAUUGAAUUCUACAUCACAAAAAAGGAAGGCUAUGCUGACUUAAAAAUUCUUUUUCUAUCCCCUUUCCUUUACUUUCAACUGUUCAACUCCCAAGAUCUGAUUGAUAAUUCUUCACUCUUGCCUCUACACAUUUCCUUGUAAAUUAGUUACGAGAAUUUGGUGCUAGAUCAAGAGAACUUCUACCUGAUAUUUUUGAGUAUUCUUAUUACUCGUUUGCUGGAUAAUGUAUGGAUGUAAAGAGAAGUUACAUGUUCAUC